AUGGCCAACACGGCAGUCCCCAGAGGCGAGACCAGUGCAGAGAAUGAUCGCUCCAGUUCCAACCUCGACAUGGACCCUUACGCUGAUGAAACCAUUUUGGAAAUUGGAAAGACGGUCCCCAUAACACAUGCAGAUCUUGCCAGUCUCGAAGAUGUCUCUCGAGAUCUCCGAAAAGACCCGGACGCUCGAGCAGCGUUUCUUGCGACAUUCACCGCCGACGAAGAAAAGACCAUUAUGAACAAAGUCGACAGAAGAUUCUUCGUGCUCAUAGGCAUCAUGUUCAUGGUCAAGAAUAUCGACUUCGGAAACAUCAGCAUCAUCAAAACGAUGCAGGCUGGUUCGGAGUCCAACAUAAUAACGGAGCUGAACAUGACACCUGAUGAUUACAAUUGGGUUGCUACCAUUCAAGGAAUUCCCUACAUCAUCUUCGAAUUGCCCAGCAACCUCCUCCUCAAGUACAUGACGCCUCAUGCCUGGGAAUCCCGCAUAUUUCUCACGUGGGGCAUAGUCACGGCGUGCUGCGGCGCAGUGAAUACCAAGUCACAAAUACUAGCUCUGCGGUUUCUGGUAGGCAUGUUCGAGGCUGGCAUGUUCCCGGGAGUUAUCACAACCCUCAGCUAUUGGUACCGUACAGAUGAAGUUGGCCGCCCCCUGUUAUGGUACUUCGCCAUCUCCAACCUCUCCAACAUUGUGGGAAGUCUUGUUUGCUACGGGGCAAGCUUCAUGGAUGGGAUACAAAACCUGAGCGGCUGGAGGUGGGCCUUCAUCCUAGAGGGCGUCGCCACCGUUCUAUUUGCAGGCGUCAUUUUCUGGGUGCUCCCAGAUUUCCCGAAAAGCCCGAGAAGCAAUUCGUGGCUCACUCCGCGCGAACAACAGUUUCUCGAAGCUAGACUUCCUCCAAGUGCCCCUGCAACAGCAGACAAGAGCUGGGAUACCAGGGAGGCAUGGACAGCCUUCAAAGCGCCGACAACUUGGGCGUUCUUACUGGACCAGACGCUCAUGAACCUCGCUACAUAUGCACUGAGUUGGUAUCUACCAACGAUAAUAGCCAGCCUGGGAUUCGCCAAGCUGCCAAACAGUUUGCUUCUCAAUAUUCCACCCGCGGCUGCUGGCAUUUUAGCCAUGUUGAUCUGCGUUCUGAUCACCUCUCGUGCAUGGGCGCCACGGCCGCUAAUGUGUAUUUGCACCGUCCUCGGAACAAUUGUCUGCUUUAUUCUGUUCUUUUCUGUGUCCGGUAAAGCAGGGCUCUACGCUGCGUGUAUACUGUCACAAUUCUUCUCAAGCUCCUAUUAUGUGCCGUAUUGGUCGUGGCGAACGUCAAUAAUGGCCGGCUCGACAGGUGCAAGCUUUGCGAUCGGUCUGCAGAGCAGUGUUGCGCAGCUUGGUGCGGCGAUAGGGCCGCAAUUCUUCCAGUCGAAGUGGGCGUACAAUCGCUACAGAAACAGCUUCUUCAUCGGAUUUGCGAUCACGUUGGCUGCGUUGGCUACCAACCUUUGGACGUGGUGGCUGACGAGAAGAAUAGAACAGAGGGUGGUCGAAGUUCGGAAGGAUACUCUGAGGGCAAGGCGGGAAGGAAGAGCUUAUGACGGACGAAUCGACAUCGAUAUCAUGGAUAGUAAGAAGAUUAAGAACCAUGAAUGGAUUUAG